AUGGAUGACCAACGGCGUCCAGGAUCACCGCAUAAUCAAUCUCCCCCGCCGUGUCAAGCGCACCACGGAAACAAUACUGCUAUUGAUGGUCAUAAUGAAGCUGAUCGGCUCUUUAAGAGAGCUCGAGUUGAUGCAAUCGGAGUUCACUGUAACGAUUUACCGUCUCUUCUUCCGGUGUCACCACCACCGCCUCUGUCUCCAUCUUAUAAUCGUUCUACUACUCGUUCUCGAGAUGUUAUAUUUGAUUUGUAUGCUUAUUAUAUUCAACUAUGUGCAGGAUUACUGAUGAGGAGCUUGUACUUUUAUUAUGUCUUGUGCUUCUGCAUUUUCUCUGUGGCGAAGGCCCUUUCGAGUUCACAGAGCAGCACUCUGUUUGCGAUAAUGAGUGAUUUCGGCUACCAUCCGUUACUCGCUGACACUUGGAAAGGGAACAACCCUUGUGAAGACAAGUGGUUCGGUAUACUCUGCGACGUGGAAGGAGUCAAGUAUAUCUUUCUCAUGUCCAUGAACCUGACUGGUACCAUCUCUCCACGGUUCGCCGAUCUCACGUCACUUCACGGGAUCGAUCUGUCCGAUAACCUUCUCACUGGCACCAUUCCACACGAGCUGAUCAAGAUGAAACUGAGGGUCCUGGAUGUUUCCUACAACCAGCUACACGGGAAAAUCUCACGUUUUGGGGCGCUGGUUCUAGCCACAGACGGGAAUCAAGGGAUUGUGAUGGCGAGCAUCGUUCGUGUUCCUUUAGAGAGCGUUGUGGGAUUUUUCUUUGGGAUUUUGGUUCUUGGUUUCUUGUUUAUUGGAGGAGCAGGCGUCCUUUUCUAUCUGGCUAAGAAAGUCAACCACCACAUCUGAUAGUGUUUGUCAUGAAUGAAGUCUUUUCAUGUAAGAUAUAAUCUAGAUUAAAAUAAUGUUUGAACAUAAUCUUCACGCAUGGAGGAGGACUAUACAGAUUGAGAUUGAUGGAUGAAACUAGUUUUAAUCUAAAAGUCAUAUUAUAUGUCUUGUGGCUCUUGGAUCUCGAUGAUUUCACUUUGCUGAAUAAAACUCACCAUUUUAAAGAGCUACGGGUAAUGUUAUCCUGCAUAACAGUUUUGUUGAUCUCUAUUUUCUUGUUAUAAUGUAUGUAUUCUUUCUUUGUGUAACAGUUUUUGUUACAAUGGACACAUUUUCACGUUUUUCUUCUUCUGCAUUUUCUUUCACCUUUAACAUUUCAUAUUAGUAUGUUUUUUUUUCAUACACCUUUUGUCUUGGAAGAAGAUGGUGAAAAGUUGACCA